AUGCCAGAGUCACGCACGAAGAAAAAAGUGGCAAUCAUAGGAGCCGGAGCCGCGGGCAUGUCCUGCGCUUCUGCACUGGUAGCUCACCCGGACCGCUUCGAGGUCACAAUCAUCGAUAUUGAAUCUCAUGCAGGCGGUCAAGCGACAUCAAUUUCCUUGGAUGAAACCAAGUAUGGCGCCAGUUGGUUGAACGACGGUGUCCAAGGCGGAUCGGCCAUAUUUCGACACACUUUUCGCUUGUUUCGCCGGUACAAUUAUGAACCUCAUCCGGUCAAACUUCAGGUAUCCUUUGGCAAAGGACGUGAUGAUUUUUGGACGAACGUUUUCCCCAGUCCGCUGGUAGAUCGACAUUCUCAUGAAAUCAAGAAACUCGGCCGUGUUUUGAAAUGGAUCAAGUACUUGAUGCCAAUUCUCGGCAUUAUUCCAGUCAGAUUGAUUCUUCGUCUGUUCUUCUUCAGCGACGACUUCAGUAAUAAGAUGGUUCUACCUCUUCUUGCUUUGUUCCUUGGCACGGGAAAUCAAACCCCAAAUGUGCCGAGCGUACUGCUUGAGCGGUUGUUCGAUGACCCCCAGAUGAAGCUGUGGGAAUAUGAUCCAGAUACAUUGUUGCCAAACCUCCCAAUGAUGUACACAUUUCCUAAUCUGGGUAACUUCUACAAGGACUGGAUAACAGAUUUGGAGUCAAAGGGGGUUAGAAGCCGAUUUCACUCUUCAGUCACUGUUCUGGAACGCAGCAAAAAAAGUAUUGUAUUGAAAUUGAUGUCUCAAGACAAUAGCAGAACGCAGCAGCAGGAAGGGGAAUGCUCAAUCGAGACAUUCGAUGAACUUGUUCUUUGCUGUCCUGCAGACGAGGCAAGAAGACUUCUUGAUGGACAUGCCACAUGGCGCGAGAAAUACGUUCUCAACGGUGUGAAAUUCUUUGAUGAUAUUACGAUAACCCAUUCGGAUUCCAAGUACUUUCAGCAGAUAUUCGAAGCUCAAUUUCACCCAACACUAUGUGCACAGCCCUCAACCAGGAAGAGGGAGGACCAGAUCUCGUUUGCGGAGCAGCAACCUCUUUGCCAAAAGGACGGUUGGUUGGGAUUUCGUCCAAUGUAUUUCACCCACUCCUUUGCUUCUGCCCCACAGAAUAUUGAAAUGGGUUUUGAUGUAUCUACCUAUCAACACCAAUUCCGCAACAGACUUGGAGUAGGCGAGCCUUCCAGACCACUGGACAAGCAUGUCUUCCAGACUAUAUACUUAAAUGAUCAAGAUAAGGAAUUGUGGACCUGGAAUGAAAUAGAUGCUUCGAAAAUUAUCUCUCGCAAAUGGUGGCAUCAGUUUGGGCAUCGGUGGCAGCAUUACCUACGGGUGGUACCCGGACUGAUGUUUAUCAACGGCAAGAACCACACGCUUUAUGCGGGGAGUUGGACGAUGGUGAAUAUGCACGAAAUUGCCUGCAUCUCGGGCAUUGCAGCUGCACAUCAGCUAGGUGCAACAUAUGAACCUUUUGAUGACUUUGCUGAGGACUUCUUCGCAAAAUAUUUGCUGGUUUGUCAUGGGACACGAUACAAACGAAACAAGGAAAAGCAUAUUUAA